ACAAAUAUAUAUGCUUUAAUUAGGAAAAAAAUAUUUACCCAAUUGAGCCGUGUAGUAGAAAGCAGUAUUACAAAUAAUAGAAAUCGAGAUGGCUGGCGUUCAUCAUCGGGAAGCAAUUCAAAAGCAAAUUCACCAGGACUGGGCGAAUCGUGAAUAUAUCGAAGUUAUAACUACCAGCAUCAAACGAAUUACUGAUUUCCUUAAUUCUUUUGAUAUGUCUUGCCGAUCACGAUUAGCUGUUUUAAAUGAAAAAUUGACCGUGUUAGAGCGUCGCAUCGACUAUUUGGAAGCGUGCGUGACAAAAGGUGAAACUCUAACUUAAACCCAUGAAAUUCAAUUCAUUUAUGGAUAUCACAACCAAACAAAAACAGUUUAAAUCUAUUAAUGUCAAUAAAAAUAAGGCUUAAAAUGAGAA